CUCCCAGGACCUUGCAUUCACUAUAUCUGGUCUCCCAGGACCCUGCAUUCACUAUAUAUUUUCUCCUCGGACCCUGCAUUCACUAUAUCUGGUCUCCCAGGACCGUGCAUUCACUAUAUCUGGUCUCCCCGGACCCUGCAUUCACUAUAUCUGGUCUUCCCGGACCCUGCAUCCACUAUAUCUGGUCUCCCAGGACCCUGCAUCCACUAUAUCUGGUCUCCCAGGACCCUGCAUUCACUAUAUCCGGUCUCUCCAGACCCUGCAUUCACUAUAUCGGUCUCUCCAGACCCUGCAUUCACUAUAUCUGGUCUCCCUGGACCCUGCAUUCACUAUAUCUGGUCUCCCAGGACCCUGCAUUCACUAUAUCCGGUCUCCCCGGACCCUGCAUUCACUAUAUCUGGUCUCCCAGGACCCUGCAUUCACUAUAUCUGGACUCCCAGGACCCUGCAUUCAUUAUAUCUGGUCUCCCAGGACCCUGCAUCCACUAUAUCUGGUCUC